AUGGACUCGCUAAGCCUGCCACAGCCAAUGGCUGCCCAGAACAAAUGCAAAGACGACCCCAAUGAGACACAUGGAAAUAAAAGCAAAGACGUCAAAGCGAGCCCUGCUCACUCCACUCUGGCGUUGAUUGAGGCGGAGCCGGAGGACGCAGACCCGUGGGACCUGCCGGAGCUGAAGGACACAGGGGUCCCAUGGUCAGCUCUGGACACCAGAGGGAAGGUGUUGCGAGUGCUGCUGUCGGCGGGGAAGCUAAUCCUGCUGCUGGGUUUACUCUACAUGUUCAUCUGCUCUCUUGACAUCCUCAGCUCAGCUUUCCAGCUCGUGGGAGGUAAAGCAGCAGGUGACAUAUUUCAGGAUAACUCAGUUUUGUCCAACCCUCUGGCUGGUCUGGUCAUUGGCGUCCUGGUCACCCUGCUGGUCCAGAGCUCGUCCACUUCCUCCUCCAUAGUUGUCAGCAUGGUAUCCUCCGGACUGCUAACGGUCCAGCUGGCUGUUCCCAUCAUCAUGGGCACCAACAUCGGCACCUCGGUCACCAACACACUAGUCGCCAUGACGCAGGCGGGGGAUCGCAGCACCUUCCGCAGGGCUUUUGCAGGAGCCACAGUACAUGACUUCUUCAACUGGCUCUCUGUACUGGUGCUGCUGCCUCUGGAGGUUGCCAGUGGUUAUUUGUACGAGGUCACCAAGCUCAUCACCGACUCCUUCAACAUUCAGAGUGGAGAGGCCCCGGACCUCUUAAAUGUGAUCACUGAUGUCCUCACAGAGUCAAUUAUACAGUUGGAUCAGUCUGUCAUUAGUGGGAUUGCCACCGCAGACCCAGAAGCCAGGAAUAAGAGUCUCAUCAAGAAAUGGUGCCAAACCUUCACCAACACAACCUUAAUGAACGUUACAGUUCCCGGUCCAGAGAACUGCACGUCUCCAUCUCUCUGCUGGGUCGAUGGCGACUCCACCAUCACGCUGAAGAACAUUUCAAAUACAUACAACGAAGAGAAAUGUAAGCAUCUCUUUGUGGAUGUGGAUCUGCCUGACCUGUCAGUAGGUCUGAUCCUGCUGGCUCUCUCUCUGCUGGUGCUCUGCUCCUGCCUGGUCCUCAUCGUCAAGCUGCUGAACUCCAUGCUGAAGGGACAGGUGGCCACAGUCAUCAAGAGGAUCCUGAACACCGAUUUCCCGUUUCCAUUUGGCUGGGUCACAGGUUACAUUGCCAUUUUAGUCGGAGCUGGAAUGACUUUCGUUGUGCAGAGCAGUUCGGUUUUCACUUCUGCUAUAACUCCACUUGUUGGUAUUGGUGUCAUCAGCAUAGAAAGAGCAUACCCUUUGUCUCUGGGUUCAAAUAUUGGUACAACCACCACAGCCAUCCUGGCGGCUAUGGCUAGUCCUGGAGACACACUGGCUGAUGCUCUACAGAUUGCCCUUGUGCACUUCCUGUUCAACAUCUCUGGCAUCAUUCUGUGGUAUCCGAUCCCCUUCACCCGCCUCCCUAUCCGGCUGGCUAAAGGUCUGGGCAACAUCACCGCCUCCUACCGCUGGUUUGCUGCUGUCUACAUCAUUUGCUGCUUCUUUGUUCUACCGCUCUUCGUCUUCAGCCUGUCGCUGGCUGGCUGGCAGGUACUGGUAGGUGUGGGCGUACCGCUGGUCGUCAUGUUGAUCGUCGUCAUAGUGAUCAACGUACUGCAAAAAAGGAAACCCGAGUGUCUGCCGGCAGCGCUGCGAUCCUGGGACUUCCUGCCUCUCUGGGCCCACUCCCUGGCUCCCUGGGACAAAGUGGUCGGUCUCUGUACGGCCAAAUGCUGUUGCUGCUGCAAAUGCUGCCAGGUUGCUGCUGAUGACCUGGAACACAAUGAGACAGAAUCUGUGGAAGAGAACAAGAGCCCUCACGCAGAGGUGUACGAUAACCCUGCGAUGAGUGCGGAGACAGAGGUGGAAAAUGAGAUAAAGAUAGAGCUCAAUAUUCUGAAAAUGACCCGCCUUUGA